AUGUCGAUGGCAACUUUCAGUGGAAAGCGGUACUUCGUGACAUUCAUCGACGACAAGUCGAGAUACUGUGUCGUGUAUCUGCUCAAGAGCAAAUCUGAAGUUGCAGCGAAGUUCAUGGAAUACGCUGCGAUGGUCGAAACGCAAACCGGAAAGCGCGCGAAGUACCUUCAAAUCGACAAUGGGGGUGAUUACAAGUCCGACAAGCUGGCACGAUUCUGCGCGGAACGGGUGAUACAACAAAGUUUCACACACCCAUAUACUCCUCAGCUCAACGGAGUAGCUGAGAGAAUUAAUCGCACGCUGGUCGAGUGUGCGCGCUGUAUGGUGGAACAUGCUGUACUGGGAAAGAGCUACUGGGGUGAAGCAGUGAUGACGGCGAUGUUUUUCGAAACCGCUGUCCAACACGUGCCAUCCACCAAGACAAGUCUCCAUAUCAAGUGUUGA